AUGCCGAUACAAGAACGAAAUUCAACAAUGGCUUUAACCGGAAAUAAUUUAACUGAUAAUUCAUCAUUAUUAUUAUCAUCCAAUCUUCAACAUCCGUCAUCUAUAUUUAAUCUAUUUGAUGAUACGUCACUCAAUUAUUUUUCUUCCUUAACACCAACUAUGGAUUUAUCUGAUAGAACAACAGUGAAAAUAUCAAAUACAAAUAAUAAUAAUAAUUUAACUGAUGCCGAACUUGCUGCUUUAUUUGUAUCAUCUAUGAUUACAACAACACCCUUAACACAAACAACAACACCAACAGCAACAAAUAAUUCAAUUGAUAAUAUAAAUAAUAAUAAUAAUGAAAUAUCAUCAAAUACAUUAGAUGAUGUAUUUUUAAAUCAAGUUACUGAUUUAACGUAUUGUUCAUCACCAUCAUCGACAAUUAUUGAUAAACAACAAACAAUAGGACCACCACCUGGUUUUGAAAAUUUUCUUUUUAAUACAUCAUCAACAUCCGAUUUACUUGUUUCAAAAACAACGAAUAAUACUCCAACAAUAUCAUCAAUUAGUAAUACUCCUAUGGAAACAACUGUUUCUUCUUCAGAUACAAUUAAUUUUAGUCAGUUAUUAAAAUCGACAACUGUCGAUACACAACAGCAACAACAAUCAAUCGUUGGUAAUGCUGGAAAUAUUCAUUCAUCAUCAUCAUCAUCUCAUUCACCAUUUACAUCCGAUGAACAAUCUUUAUUUUUUCCAAUGUCUACUCAUUCAUACUCAUCAGCAUCAUCAUCAUCAUCAUCAAUUCUUCAUGCAACAAGUCAGAUUUUUUCCACUAAUACACCUUCGUCAUCCACGACAACAACAACAACAAAUACUGCUGCUAAGCCGCAUAUGCCCAAUAGUCUUUCAUUAUAUAAUAAUAAUAAUUUAUCAACAUCAUCAUCUCUUGUUACAUUUAGUACAACAGACAGUCCUUUAUCAGCCACAACAAUUGAAAAUGAAAAGAAAAUAAUUGAUAGAAGAAUUACACCAAGUCAUAUAUUUGCAUCAACAAAUUCAUUCUUUAGUAAUGAAUCUAUAGAUUUUACUCUUUCGAAACCAAAAACAAAUAAAAAUUCAACAACAAAUCAUCAAACAUCAAUUACGGCUCGUACAUCAUCAUCAUCAACUUCAUCAUCAACUUCCUCGUCAAUCGAUGAAGCACUUAUACAAUUAACACAACAACAACAACAACAACAACAACAGCAACAGCAACAACUACAAAAUGUUAAUAAAUUAUUUAACGAUGAACCUAUAUCAAUAUUUAAUUAUUCAUCAUUACCAUCAGAAACAUCUAUAGAUAAACAACAACAAGCUGUUCAUGAUAAUAUUAAUCUUCUUGCAUCAAUGGCAACUUCAUUAACACCAAUUGCAACAGAAUCAACAUGGCAACAAUCAGCAACAUCAACAUCAUUAGAUUCAAAUAUUAAUUUAAAACGUAAAAUGCGUGCUAUGAUGCUUCAACAACAACCAUCAAGAAAUAAUUCUAUAAAUAUUCAUGAAUUAAUAGAAAAUUUAAAUGAAAUUUGUUAUAAAGGUUUCGAUGAAUUAAAUUUACUUAUACAAGAGCAACGAUGGGUACAAAGUUAUGCUAAUACAAAUUCUUCAUCAAUUCCAUCACCAAGUUCACCAUCGAGAAGUUUCAACGGUUCAAAUUGUUGUUCAUCACGAAUACUUAUUGUACCUGAAUAUUUUAUAUUUAAAUGUAAAAAAAUUGAAAUAACUGCAAGUCAUGUUUUUGAAUUAUUAGCAAGUGAACGAGCCGAAUUACGUUUACGUGAUUUAAUGUUUGUUUUUAAAUCAUGGAAAAAAACCAUUUUAAAUGCCGAAAUAAUUCAUCAAGAUAAAGAAAAUAAGUUAAGAUUAAGUACAGAACAUCCACAAUCAUAUUAUAUGAGUGAUACAGUUUUACAAUCAGUAUUUGAUCGAGUUUUAUAUGCAAUACGUGAAUUAUGUAAUAUAACACAACAAGCUCGUGCUGCAUUUCAAUAUGCAACAUUAAAUAUCUAUCAAGCAUCGUCUCGACAACAACAAUUUCAGUCUCAAUUAUCAUCAAAUAUUCCACCAACAUCAAGUACAAUUGCUCUUGCUCAAUUACAAUCUAUGCGACAACAAAAAUAA